UAAACAUUACGAUACUAAACAAGCGUAUAAAUUGAUUGAGAAUAUUUUUAGACAAUUUUGGUUUCCCCGUUUUUCCAAGGACACUGUAUACACUCUACGUAGAUUAUCCCCGUAGAUUUCACCCGAUUUUCCUCCUGUCACUACUUGCGUAAAAGGCGGAUGUGUUGUGUGCAUUUUCGAACGAAUUACCCAGUGCAUUUUUUCGCAAAUAACAGGAUAAUAUUAUUUAUAUCGUAUUAUAUGGUCAAUAAUAUUUAACAGUAUUGCGUCCUAACAGUUUUAAAUGUUACAAACCGAAAGGAUGCCUGAUCUAGUAGAAGUAAUGAGAAUGGGCAAGGAUCACCGCCUAAAGAACAGACAGUUGCCACUGCAAGUUGAUGAAAACUUGACACUGGUAAUGGAUUUAAGUAAUGAAGACUUAGUACAAGAUGUGAAACAAGUUCCACCUCUAAAAGUACAAACCCUGGAGAGUUUUGUUAAAAAAUACCGAUUGUUAACCAAACGUGAGCUUCAAGAUGUUCUUAAAGUGUCCAUCAAGGAAAUAUUAGAUAUCAUGAGUGAAAGUAUAGAUUGUGUUGGAUGUCGCAGAAGUGCUGAAAAGUUAUUUGUUGUUAUGGCUAAACUUGGUCAGAACGCAUUAUUUCCACUUUGUGUGGUUAACAGCUACUUUAUUUCAAUAAGAUUUGAAUAUUACGAUGAUGAAAGGUGCAUGUAUAAUUUACUACAAAAUACAAAUGGUAAUCGACUAUCGUCAAUUGCAUCUAGUCGAAGGCAAUCGAAAAAGAGUAGGAGAUGUGUAUACCAUUCCCUAGAGUCCCAAAGGCUUGUCAGACCAAUGGCAAGUGGUUGGCAAGACAUUUGGAAACACAUGACUAAUCCAUGUAGGGAUGAAAUUGUGCUAAUAGAGUCUAGCAGUUUACUGAGUACUUUAGAUAACUAUCUUAGAAAGCACAGAUUUUGUGGAGACUGUCGCACUAAAGUAAUGAAAGCAUAUUCAUUGCUUAUUGAAGAGGAAGAUCCGUGUAAAGAAAAAGGUUAUGUAGAAGAGCUAUAUUUGGGUAUAAAAAGGUGUGUUGGUGAUAAGCAUGUUCAUUUAGAUACUGAUAUAAAUUAUAUUGGAGCACUAAUUAGUCGUGCUGAACCUGAACUUAUGGGAAACCGUAGGGAACGUCAUGCCAAAACUAUUGAGAUAGCUCAAGAAGAAGUUUUAACGUGUUUGGGUAUUUGUGUGUAUGAAAGAUUACACAGAAUACAAUUAAGAAUUAGAGAAGAACAAUAUACUUGCCAAGUCUUAGCUGCAGCAGCUAUAGAUGGUUUAGCCAGAAGAUUUGAGACUGCUAUUGAAGUUAAACAAGGGUUUACUAAAUUAGACCAGUUUUAUGAAGAGUUUUCCAAGAAAGAGAAAAAAACAGAAAAAAGAAAACGGCUUAGGAAACAAAAACGUUUACAAAAAAAAGAAUUGAAACAAGACUCUGAGCUAAAAUCUUGUUGUGACGCUAACCCUGAUGAAGAUUGUUCAUGUGAAGUAGACGAAGAAGUAGAUUAUGGAGAAGAUGAUAUUGAUUAUGUUGACGAUGAAGAUGAAGAUGAUGGAGUACAAUCUAAUGAAAGAGAAGAUUCUGAUGAAACUUGUGAUCAUUUGGAUGAUAACUGUACUUGUGAAAACAUUCAGUUGGUUGAAAGAGUGAGAAAACAGCUGAAAAUGUCAGGUGAUAGAAUGAAAAGCGUUUCCACUCCUAUUAAAGUGUGCAAUUGUAUAGAAUGUAAUUCAAAAGGAUCACGGAAAUCUAAAAAGAAAAAAGGAAAUGGGGAAAAAGAAAAGCGAAGCAAAAAAAAGUCCAAAAACACCCAAAAGAAUUCAAGAAAAGUGAAAAAGCUGCCAGCUCAAAUAUCUCAUCAGCCUGAGAAGAUAAUUGAUUAUGAUUUAAAUGAAGACGAUGAUGAAAUGGCUGAUCAAAAUUCUAUUGACGAAAAUCAUUUGUUGGGUGAUGAUUGUAAAUCCAGUACUAUCAGCCAUGAUCUUUUACCGGGUAGCUGUAGUUCAUGUCCUUCACUUUGUGAUCACUCACAGGAUUAUGGUUAUGCAUCAGCAGAAAAUAAUAACCAUAGUAAUAGUACUAGUUCGCCAGAUGGUUCAGAUGUGGCUUGUUCUGAAGGAUUUUGUAAUCAUUCAGGGGAAACUCAGUUAACCAAAUUAAAAUGCUAUUCGGAUGUUGGUACAGUAUCUUGCAAACCAUUACCACUUCAUCAUUUAUUACUAGAAGAAUUGGAAAAAAAUACAAUCGUCAUGGAUGAAACAAUCAUACCAUCAGAAGAAGUGGAAAUGUAUAAAGUUUGUGCAAGGUUGGUGAAUGAAAAACGCCUUAAACUCAGAGAAACAUUAAAGAGCGGCUUUGCCAAUUUAAAAGACCCUCAAAUGUUAUAAGUCAUUGUUGGAGUCACUUCCCUUAUUCCAAAACAUUUUUUUAAUCCGUUUAGUUUUUUUUUUUCAUUAUACUUACUUAUAUAAUAUAGAAUCAUUUUUUUUUCUUUUUUGCAUACAUAAAAGUAUUUUGUUUAGUUGAUAUUUGUGAAUAAUUUGUUCAGACUCCUUUUGAUUAGAUCAAUUCAAAUUUAUUUAAGAAUAUUUUUUAUAUCAUAAAUUUAAAUUUAUUAAUGGAAUAUAAUAGUUUAUUUGAUAAC